AUGUCAAUAAAUUCCAUUGAAAAUCUUUCUGACGAAUUGUUUUAUGAAAUUUUCGAUUAUCUUAAUGGUUGUGAAAUCUAUCAUACUUUUUCAAAUCUUAAUUAUCGUUUUGAACAAUUAAUCAAUUCUUCAUCACUUCUAUUAAAAAUCAAUUCUUUACGUUCAAAAGAAGUAUUUAUGAAUAAUUAUCAACAAGUUUUACACCUCAAUAAAGAUCAAAUAUUUUCAAUUCACUUAUGGUUAUCAGAAAAUACUAAUCAAAUUAUUUCAUCACUUAACAUCGAUUCAUCAUUUAUUCGUCUUGAAUCUCUUAUUUUUAAUUCCAUUGAACCAGAUCUAUUAGAUACACUUCUUCCUAAAUUGAUUUAUUUACCUCGUCUUUUCUCGUUAAUAAUCGAUACAUGGUCUACUCAAAAAGAGUUAGGUGAUACCUAUCAAUUAAUUUUCAAUUUACCAAAAUUAAAAUAUAUCAAAUAUACAGCAAUGGAAUCUAAUGAUAUUGAUAUAACUAUUUGA